AUGGAAACAGUAAAUGAGAAAAAGGCUGGAUGUCCAUUCUGUGGUACACAUUUUAGUCAUCGAUCGUCGCUUAUCCGCCAUUUGAAGAACAACUGCAACAAAUCGCAAUCGCAAAGCCUGAGACGCAAAUCAUGUCACCAGUGUGUUGCUGAUAAAGCCAAGUGCAACUUGAGACGUCCCACUUGCUCGCGGUGUUCUCUACGGAGUGUCUCCUGUCAAUAUACGAGUGCCAAAUCGACUGAGUCCCUGACUCUAGAAACUGAGAACCACGAUUUCAGCAUUAGGGGAGGCGGUGCGGACACGUCUCCCGUACCAUCACUUACUACUCAACUACAAGAUUCGCAAUCAAUCUUCGAUCCUAAUCUGUUUGAUUCAUGCUUCUCGAGUCUAGCGUCCUGGGAUCUGACGCAACCAACGAACCUCAAUCUCCGCUCUCCACGACGCACAGUGGACGCAGAUCUCCUCUCUUUGAAUGAUAACAAUGAAUGUGAAUCUCCAGAACUAAUUCGAGCCAUCUCACUUCCACCUGGCCGACAUAGCCCAUCGGUAGAUACGAAUUCAAUCGCUCUGGCUCGUCACAGCAUGGAACUCAUCUUUCGAGUUCUCAAAAGCUGGCCAAAAAUGUUGGCCGAAGAGUUCCAGCUACCACCGCUAUUCCAUUCAACGCACAUCACACAAGGUAAAACAUUACCAUUGCCACUAGCGAAAUGCAUAACCCUGACCAAAAUGUGGCACGGGCAAUGCGAAGGCGCAGAGGAGAUGUCCAAUCAACUCGAUGAAACAGACCUACUAGCAUCAUUACAAGCAGUGGUCAUAUACACGAUCAUUCUCCUAUCCCCAUCAUCCAGCUCCCAACCCCCCUUAACAGACCAUAACAUCGUCUUCCGCAAGGUCGAGCUCCUAGUCUAUCAAAUCGUGCAUGCAGGCCUCUUCCUCGAAGAAGAGCGAACACAAAUGAGACCGUCGUGGGAAGCAUGGGUACACGUUACGACGAAACGCCGCGCAGUACUUGCCCUAUAUCUCCUUCACUGGGCGUACUCGGUAUUGCAUGAGGUGCCAUGUUUCGACUGUAGGGAUUUGGGCUUUAUGCCUGCCCCAGCUGCAAAGGUGCUUUGGCAGGCGCAGUCCGAACAGGAGUGGAAUACGCGGUAUAUUCACUGGCUGUCGCGCUGGAGCGGUCAGUGUUAUCUGCAGGGUGAAUUUGGGAACAUUCGGCCUGGGGUUGUUAUGGAUGCUAGGGCUGAAAGGUGGUUAGAGGAGGCUGAUGAGUUUGGGUUUAUUAUGAUCUCUAUUGUCAAUGCUACGGACUUUGAUCCUCCCUCGCUCAAAGCAUUAGCUCAUUGA